AUGAACUUGGUGAAGGUUGGAUUGCAACAAGGGCUGCAGCAAGACAACCGUCCUCUUCUCUUCUUCAUUCACGGAUUUAUGAGUAGUGGUGAAUCAUUUGGAAGCUUUCCUGUAGAUGUAGCCCAAUAUCUAGCUCAGCAAUAUCAAGUAAAAGUAGACGUGGAUCUGUAUAAUUAUGACACUCGGGGAAGUAAUCAAGCUCGUGUCAAACAUUUGGUUACGUGGCUGGCAUCAAAUGCUGGCACCAGCAAACGACCUUGGGUCGGCUUGAUAGCUCACUCCAUGGGGGGUAUACUCUCAGCUGAUGCUGCCAGAGCUAUAGAUUCAAUUGACAGUGGCAAGGGCUGGGGAUUUCCUCCAGCGGAUAACGUUGGAGAUAGUAGUCGAGAUGAUCCCGAGCUCUUGGCAAGGAUACGCGCUGCUAAUGUCAAGAUCAGACUCGUUCUAGCGUUCGAUUCUCCAUUCUAUGGUCUACAUCAAACCGUAGUCACAAAUGCUGCUUUGGGGAGGAUGAACGAUGUUGGUGCAGGCAUUACCAACAGCUUCAAUACGAUGCGAGGAAUACCGCCAGCUGGCAUCACGACUAGCACUACAGAAACACUCUCAAAAACCACUACCAUCACUUCCACCACACUUGUAAAAGAAUCUACUCUAGCAGCAGAGUCAUCAUCAGCCAGUAGUAGUACCAAUGCUGACGUCACAACCAGUACCAAUGCUGCCGUGACUACCAGUACCACCACAAAGGCCCUGUGGGGAAUAGCAGGAGCUUUCGCAGCAGUAGGUGUCACCGCUGCAAUGGCAUAUUCAGCAACAGCAAGGGAUGUAGCUGGUAAAUUUGCUGGUAAAGCAUUCGAGGCUGGUCACUCUGUAAUAUCGCAGCACGCCGAAUUCUUAGGACCAUUAGUACAGGUGAAAGAUAUGGAUAUCAGAUUGGGAGCUCUGGAUAGGAUGCAAACAGAAGGAAAACUUGUCUUUCAAUGCUUUUACAUACAGAUCAAGAAGACUGCUCCUCCAUCGGCCAACUUGAGCUCUGGAACCACUCAAAUGCUGCAAUUUAUAAAUAGUCCAUCAUCACCAGUUUAUACGCGGUAUUUCAAACCGAUUCAAUCUCUGGGGAGAGACGAAAUCCACGGCCACCAGAAGAUAUUUGACAUCAAUGUCAAUCCAAGCAGCUAUCCAAUUCUCGUCGCCGAUUCAGCCGCCUUUAUUUCUAGGGUCGCUAGAACAUUGUAG